CAAAUGCAGUUGGUUAGAUCAAAAUGAGAUAGUUGUGUCUUUAUUUUCAGAUCGAAAAUUGAAUGCUCUCUUCUUUCUCCUCCUUUUCCUCUCCAUAACCUCUGCUAUGGCGAAAGUCAUCGGAGCCCUUGAAGGUGAAAAACUAUCUCUAGCACCAACAUAGUUGGGGUUAGAGGUGUAAGCGUACACCAACAAGGGCCCUUGGUAGAUCUAGACAUGGAGAAAGUGAAAUCAAAAGCAAACGAAGGGUGACAAGAAAUCAAAAAAGGAAAAAUGGAUCUUCAACCUCACACAACCACUCGUUCUCCCGACCAGCUGUUGCAGUAAGAUGCACCACUGCUUUAAUAAAUAGAGACGAUCAAACCACCUUCUUCUUCACGAAUUUCCAAGAGACCCAUAAAGCCAAAGAUAUGUGGAACAUCUUUCAUUUGCAUGGCAAAAUCAUGGAAGUCUACAUUCCAACAAAGAUGGAUAGAAGAGGCGAAAUAUUCAGAUUUUCUAGGUUCGAGUCGAUAGCAGACCCUCAAAUUCUAUCCUUGAAGUUGGACAAAAUUUUCAUAGGAAACUAGAAGCUUGUGGUCAACACUCCAAAAUAUGAAAACAAGAAACAACCAAGCAUCUAAAUUUAACCAAAGAGGAAGAUUCUUAAGUUCCCUGAAAAACAACAGGUUACAUUGGUGUUGCAAGAAAACUCCCUCAGGGCUGAAAAGGUAAUCCCAAAAAACGCCACCAAAGUGAUAGCUUUCCCUUAGCCUUUGAAUCAGAUUAUGAGUAGCUAAGAGGACUUUAUCGAUCCUACGUUGGUAAAGUGAACAAACCAGGGGAUACCUUUUCACACAACAAAAACUAAAUCUGGAGGCCAUUUUUGGGGUAAAAGCCACUCUUUUAUGGCCUUCUUUGGUGUUGUUGGAAACCCCAGAACUGAAGGAUGUGGCAGAUUAUCUCAACAAAGAUAUAGAAUGGGUGAAUGAUUGGUUCAAAUCUAUUCUCGGAUGAAAUCCCUUAAUAAUUUUUCACAAGAGGGAGAUUUGGAUUAAGUGUCACGACAUCCCGACACAUGCAUGAUCAGAUGCUUUUUUCAACAAAAUUGAUUCUAUGUUCGAGUCCUAUCUUCACUUAGACGAAGAAAUGUUGAGCAAAACCAAGCUCGAUGUCGCAAGACUUGCGGUGAAGACCUCCUUUCAAUCUGUGAUUGAUGAAGUUCUAAAGGUCUAGAUUAAUGGCUCCCCGUAUGAGAUCAAGAUUGCUGAAGACCCCAACUUUCAUUGUGGUUCUAUUGGUAACUCCCAAUCGGACUCCAAUAGCUCUUCAAUGGUGGAUUCAGAUCUAAAAGUUGGUUUCAGGUUGGAAGAGUCUGACGGUGAUGAUGGUAUUGCAACUCCUUUCGUAGGCCUAGAGGUUUAGAAUUCAAAUUUUGAAAAUGAAUAUUCUGUUUUUCAAAAUUUUAAUUCCCAAAACCUUUUGGGCUUCUCCCUUGCCCCAUCCUUGCCCCAAAAGAAAAACCCUUUUUCUGCUAACCUGUUAACCUCUUCUUCCUCUAGCCCUACUUCGACCUAAAUCUCCUUGUCUACCGCUAUCCACCAUUUCCCUUGAACCUUUUCAUCCUAUCUCCUCCCCUGCGAAGGAUUGCCCCAUCUCUCAACCUACCCCCUCCACCCUAGCUAUCAUUCCUUCCACCUACCUUUCAACACCCAUCUUUAUCCCUUCCUCCUUAACUCCUUCUAACCUUUAACCCAGAUCCCUAUCAAAUACCAAAAAUCAUUAUAUUCGUUCCUCUGAUGGGCCAAGACCAAACAUAAUUAUUUUGCUUCGAAAAAACCCCAUUUCAAAGACACACCACAACAAUACAAACAUCAUCGUCAACUCACACAGUGAGGCCAUCAUCAAGAUUUAGAGAUCAAAUUCGCUUCAUGGAAGAGAAAGACUGUCUUCCCCAGGUCAUCUCAAGGUUGAAGCUCGACACUCCAUAAAGAUAUUUUCGUUGAAUAUUAGAGGCAUUUGGGACAAGGUCAAGCGGAAGCAAAUUCGCUCCCUGUUGUUGACACCCAAGGUGGACUAUUGUCUCCUCCAAGAGGCUAAGGCAUAAAACAUUGAUCCAAGUUUUAUUCAAGACAUUUGGGGAUUUCCACUAGGAGAAUGUAACUGAAUCUCUUCCCCUGCACAAGGCCUAUUUAGCAAAAUGGUCACAAUAUGGAGAAAAGACAUUACUGAGUUCAAAUUUGAAUUUAGAGGCAAAGGCUUUUUGGGCAUCUAUAUUCAAUGGAGCAAUUCAUGAAGGCUAUGUUUUAUUGUAAACAUUUACUCAUCCUAUGCAAUGGAAGGGAAAAGACAACUAUGGUCAAAGCUGUUCAUGAUCAAACGCAGAUUUCCAUCUGGCUCAUGGUACCUAGCGGAGGACUUCAUGCCAUUUGCAAUCAUCAUGACUUGAAAGGUACCUCAAACUAUCAUAAUUCCACUGACAUGGCUGAGUUUUCCUUAUUCAUCAACUCUAUGGACGUCAAUGAAGUAUCUUCAACUGGAAAAAGAUUUUUGUGGUUCAGCUCUGAUGGCAAAUCAAUGGGCAAGGUGACUAUGAAAAAUGGCAUAAGGAAGUGGAUUCUUCUUGGAUACUAUCUAAAUUCAAAGAUAAGUUGCGUGCAACAAAGGAGCAAAACCACUUUCAAUCAGAGGAUUGAUCAAAAGUCCAAAGAACUUGAAGAUUUGGACUCUCUCAUCAUGGAAGGAUCGACUCACAAUGGUGGCGUGACAUUCACUCUUCAAAUCCAUGGAUGAUAAACCAAAUUAAAAAGAGAAUUGGCAAUGGCUUACAAACUUGUUGUUGGGAACACCAAUGGAUAGGGGAUUCUCCUUUCAGAGAGCUUUGUGAGAUUAUACCAAGUUUCAACAAACAAAAAAGCCUUGGUAGCGGAUAUGGAACUACUAUCAAACAAGUGUCAUGGAAUUGGCAAUGGAGAAGACAACUCUUUGUUUGGGAACAUGAACUCCUAAAUGAGUUGGAAGAAAUUUUGCAGGGCGCCUGUGUUGUAUUUGUAGAACAAGACUCAUGGAUUUGGCUACUGGAUCCAAUCUCUGGCUUUUCGGUUGCAGCAACAUAUAAAUUGGUGCAAAAUGCUUUGGCACAAGAACAUAAUCCAACACAACAUGGAUCUACAUACAACAAGUUAUGGGACUGCAUGGCGCCUUCAAAGGUUACUAUUCAUGGUUUGGCGCUUACUCAACAACAGACUUCUAACUCUGGACCAGCUGCUAAAAAGGAAUAUUCAAAUUCAGGAUCAACAUUCACUAUGUUGUUUUUGUAGAAAUUGCCUAGAAACAUCCCAACACUUGUUUCUUAAAUGUGUGGAAACCUCAUCUAUUUGGUGUGCCAUUUACAAAUGGAUGGGCAUGUCAACUGUAUUACCAAAUGAUGUUGUUGCUCAUCUCUAUCAAGUCGGUUCACAGAUAAAAGGAAAAAAGGCCAAGCGUUGGAGGUGGCUAAUUUGAUUCAUAGGGUGAUGAAAAAUUUGGAAUCAAAGAAACAAUAUCAUAUUCAAAGGCCAACAGCUUGGCAAGAACAAACUAGUAGAGGAAAUCAGAAUCACAACUUGGCAAUGGGUGUUAUAUAAGAAGGAAAAUGCUGCAGGUUUUAUGUUUUCAUCAUGGUUAUAUGAUUCUAUACUUAGUUUGAGCACUCAAAACUAAGUUUUUUCGGCAGCCUUGUGAGAUGCUCUUUUGGUAUCUAAAAGUACACAAUAUUGACCCUGUACAUUAUUAAUCUUUUUGUACAGCUCC